AGCAGCGUUUUUAUCCGUAUCCCAAAUUCCCAAUCCCCGUGAGGCCGUGACCGUUCCAUUUCUUCCGCACCCAUCCCUCGCCCUCGUCGUCUCGAUUGCCCCAGAGACGGAGACGGUGUCCAUCCCAGCGCCCGCGCACCUGCGAGGUCUCGAACACGCAAAGAUGGCGACUUUCGCAUCUCCGGUUCUCUGCAACUUCCUGGCCAUCGCACAGAACAACGCGCGUCUGCUGAACAACAGCACAAAACGGCCACCGAACGCGAGCUUCCCAAGGAGCACGCCGCCGUUCCCGGGCUUCAGAGCGAGGCAAGACGUCCGCGUCGCCGCCGUCUACAAGGUGAAGCUCAUCGGUCCCGAGGGCCAGGAGAGCGUGAUCGACGUGCCGGAGGACAGCUACAUCCUGGACGCGGCCGAGGACGCCGGCGUCGAGCUGCCCUACUCCUGCCGCGCCGGCGCGUGCUCCACCUGCGCCGGCAAGGUCCUGGAGGGCUCCGUCGACCAGUCGGACCAGUCGUUCCUCGACGACACGCAGGUCGGCGCCGGGUACGCGCUCACCUGCGUCGCGUACCCGACCUCCGACUGCGUCAUCAAGACGCACCGGGAGGCCGACCUGUACUAGUAGCCCUGGUUUCAGUGUCACCUCCACGGCUCCAUUCGGAUUCGUUCUCGAGUUCUUGACACUGCGAUCCGCAUCUGUACUUUGGUUGUUGCACCUAGCUAGAUUCCUUUCCUUGAUCGCCGUCGUACUCGUAAUUUUGGCAUGAGCAAGUGCAGGUUUUUGUCUUA